UGUAAUUAGUGUAUCAUGUUUAAUACACCAUAUCUGACAAAUAUUUGAAACAUCUAACCUUACUCAUUAAGAGAUCAUUCUGUUGUUUGUUUGUUUGUUUGUUUGUUUAUUAAAUCAAAGCAGGAAAUUCAUUGCAUGUCACAGUAAAUUUCUGAAACUCUUGCAGUUUAAGGAAUGUAAAAUAACAGGUUAUGCAAAAACAUUAGAUCAUAUCUGAGUCUGUAGUUUGGUGAAAUGAAAAUCAUUCCACAAAAUAUCGUAGUCUGUUAAAUAAAGGCCAUAGCCGCAACAGGGAGAGAACAGAUGAUAAACCUCUGAUGCCUCUGGGACCAACAGACCACCAGAACACCAGCUGCCCGUAUUGAAUCAGCGGACCCAGAAGUCCACCAGACUGGAGACCAGACUUCUGCACCUUGGAUCCUCUUUCUUGAGUUCAUGAGCAGGAUAUGAAAGCUGGGAACACUGGUGGAAAUCUGAGUUGGAAAUCUGAGUACUGUGAUUUUUGUUGUAGUGAAGCAUAAUAUGUAUUGUAUUUUAGUCUAAAUGUACUUUACAGCUUGAUCAUUGUUAUUUUUAAUGAAACAGAAAGUUAUUUUUUACUCUAAACAGUGAGCUUGGUUUCUAAACACAACAGUUUUGUUUUACAGGUAAAAUGUUUAAUUUCUGGAUUCUGAUCUUGAUUUCAGUUGUGCUCAGUGUGGUGCUUGCAAUACUGAUCACUGUGUUUGUUCAUAACACACGAGAACUCCAGAGUAAAAAACAAAGAGAGGGCCAGAGACUACAGAGUGAAGAUCAGACCUUAAAGAGUGAGAACCAGAUCCUAAAGAGUGAGAACCAGACCCUGAAGAGUGAGAACCAGACCCUAAAUAGUGAGAACCAGACCCUAAAGAGUGAGAACCAGACCCUGAAGAGUGAGAACCAGACCCUAAAGAGUGGGAACCAGACCCUGAAGAGUGAGAACCAGACCCUGAAGAGUGAGAACCAGACCCUAAAGAGUGAGAACCAGACCCUAAAGAGUGAGAACCAGACCCUAAAGAGUGAGAACCAGACCCUGAGGAGUGAAAACAUAAAGAGUGAAGAUCAGACCCUAAAGAUUGAGAUCCAGACCAGAAAAAGUGAGGACCAGAUCCUAAAGAGUAAAGACCAGACCCUAAAGACGGAGACCAAGACCCAAAAGAGUGAGAGCCUAAAGAGUGAAGACCAGAAAGUAAAGAGUGAAGACCAGACCUUAAAGAUGGAAACCCAGAUCCAAAAGAGUGAGAGCCUAAAGAGUGAAGAUCAAACCCUAAAAAAUGAGAACCUAAAGAGUGAGAACCAGACCUUAAAGAGUGAAGAUCAGACUCUAAAGAAUGAGAAUCCUAAAAGUGAGAACCAGACCCUAAAGAAUGAGAACCAGACCCUAAAGAGUGAAAAUCAGACUCUAAAAAGUGAUAACAUAAAAAGUGAGAACCAGACCCUAAAGAGUGAGAACCAGACCCUAAAUAGUGAUAACCAGACCCUACAGAGAGAGAACCAGAUCCUAAAGAGUAAAGAUCAGACUCUAAAAAGUGAGAGCCAGACCCUAAAGAGUGAGAACCAGACACUAAAGAAUGAGAACCUAAAGAGUGAGGACCAGUCUCUAAAAAGUGAUAACCAGACCCUAAAGAACCAGACCCUAAAGAGUGAAAAUCAGACUCUAAAAAGUGAUAACAUAAAAAGUGAGAACCAGACCCUAAAGAGUGAGAACCAGACCCUAAAGAAUGAGAACUUAAAGACUGAGAACCAGACCCUAAAGAAUGAGAACUUAAAGAGUGAGAACCAGACCCUAAAGAGUGAGAACCAGACCCUAAAGAGUGAGAACCAGACACUAAAGAGUAAAGAUCAGACUCUAAAAAGUGAGAACCAGACCCUAAAGAGUGAGAACCAGACCCUACGGAGUAAGAACCAGACACUAAAGAGUAAAGAUCAGACUCUAAAAAGUGAGAACCAGACCCUAAAGGAUGAGAGCCAGACCCUAAAGAGUGAGAACCAGACACUAAAGAAUGAUAACCUAAAGAAUGAGAACCAGACCCUAAAGAGUGAAGACCAGACUCUAAAAAGUGAGAACCAGACCCUAAAGAGUGAGAGCCAGACCCUAAAGAGUGAGAACCAGACCCUAAAGAAUGAGAACAUAAAGAGUGAGAACCAGACCCUAAAGAGUGAAGACCAGACUCUAAAGAGUGAGGACCAGAGACUGAAGAGUGAGAACCUAAAGAGUGAGAACCAGACCCUAAAGAGUGAAGACCAGACUCUAAAGAGUGAGGACCAGAGACUGAAGAGUGAGAACCUAAAGAGUGAGAACCAGACCCUAAAGAGUGAAGACCAGACUCUAAAGAGUGAGGACCAGAGACUGAAGAGUGAGAACCUAAAGAGUGAGAACCAGACCCUAAAGAGUGAGAACCAGACUCUAAAGAGUGAGGACCAGACCCUAAAGAGUGAGAACCAGACCCUAAAGAGUGAAGAUCAGACUUUAAAGAGUGAGAACCUAAAAAGUGAGAACCAGACCCUAAAGAGUGAGAACCAGACCAUAAAGAGUGAAGAUCAGACUCUAAAGAGUGAGAACCUAAAGAGUGAGAACCAGACCCUAAAGAGUGAAGACCAGACUCUAAAAAGUGAGAACCUAAAAAGUGAGAACCAGACCCUAAAGAGUGAAGAUCAGACCCUAAAGAGUGAGAACCUAAAGAGUGAGAACCAGACCCUAAAGAGUGAGAACCAGACCCUAAAGAGUGAGAACCAGACCCUAAAGAGUGAAGACCAGAGCCUAAAGUGUGAAGAGAAAAUAAUAGAUAAUGUGAAAUCACUGUUAAGAAAAUAUGCAGCAGUGAAUGUGACUCUGGAUCCUGAUUCAGCUCAUCCAGAUCUCAUUUUGUCUGAUGAUGGGAAACAAAUGAGAUAUGAAUACAAACUUAAAAGAGCGGAGGAUGGAGAAAAAGAGCAAAAUAACAAAUAUUUCUGUGUUCUUGGAAAGGAAGGAUUCACUUCAGGAUGUUUUUACUAUGAGGUGCAGGUGAAGGGGUUAACUAGGUGGUAUGUGGGUGUGGCCAAAGACUCUGUUAAAAGGAAGGGCGAGAUCCGUCUGAAUCCUAAGAAUGGAUUCUGGACUAUGGGAAGGAGAGAUGGGAUGUAUUUGGCUUGUGAGAAUCCAUAUAUUCCUCUUUUCCUGAAUGUGGCACCUCAGAGAGUUGGAGUGUUUGUGGAUUAUGAGGAGGGUCGAGUCUCUUUUUAUGAUAUGGAGUCUGUAUGUCAUAUCUACUCAUUCACUGCACAGUCUUUUGAUGAAAAUAUAUAUCCUUUUUUUACUUUGGGUCAUGAUUGGUCUAAAAAGUCAGAUGUAUCACUUAUCAUCUGUAGUGAUCUCUCAUAAGAUCUGAUCUAAAAUGAUCUCCCAUUGAGAGGAAAUCAUAGCCUUACUAAUCAGAAACUU